GGAGACAUGUGCUUCCUUUUCCCACUUCACAGUUCACGCUCUAGCCCCAGCCCCCGAUCUCCGGCAAUGUCGCUCCACCAGCGGCCGCACCAGAAGCCGCUGGGCGCCGACUCCCUCCCCGUCUCCACGACCCCCGCUAACGCCGCCCCUUCCCGCCCCCUGCCCCUCCUCACGCUCCCCUACCUCUUCUCCCUUCUCGCGCUCCUCCUCCUACUCGCCCUCCUCUUCCCCUGGGGGCCGCCCCGCCACUCCGCGCUGGCCUCCCCGUGGCGCUCCUACACGCUCCAAGACGCCGCCGCCUUCGCCGCGGCCUCCGGCAACGGCACCAUCAUCCUCGCCGCCGUCUCCGGGCCGUACCUCCCCUUCCUCUCCAACUGGCUCAUCAGCGUCCGCCGCGCCGGCCGCGCUAACCAGGUGCUCGUCAUCGCCGAGGACUACGAGACCCUCGAGCGCAUCAAUGCCGCAUGGCCCGGCCACGCCGUCCUCGUGCCCCCCGCGCCCGACGCCCAGGCCGCCCACAAGUUCGGGUCACAGGGCUUCUUUAACUUCACCUCGCGGCGGCCGCGACACCUGCUGCAGAUUCUCGAGCUGGGGUACAGCGUCAUGUACAAUGACGUCGACAUGGUGUGGCUUGCCGACCCGUUUCCAUACCUAGUCGGCAAUCACGACAUCUACUUCAUGGACGACAUGAGUGAAGUGAAGCCACUGAAUCAUUCACAUGCGCUGCCGCCGCCAGGUAAGAAGGGGCGGCCAUACAUUUGCAGCUGUAUGAUCUUCCUGCAGCCAACAGAAGGGGCAAAGCUGUUGAUGAGGAAGUGGAUUGAGGAGCUCAAGGAACAGCCCUGGUCGAGGAAAGCGAAAUCAAAUGAUCAGCCAGCAUUCAACUGGGCUUUACUAAAGACUACUGGGCAGGUGGAUGUGUAUUUACUACCUCAGUCUGCUUUUCCAACUGGAGGUCUAUAUUUCAAGAACAAAAAAUGGGUCAAGGAGACAAAGGGCAAGCAUGUCAUUAUACAUAACAACUACAUAACAGGGUUUGAAAAGAAGAUAAAACGCUUCCGUGAUCAUAAACUCUGGCUGGUGGAUGAGCACAGCGACGAGUCACCACUUGCAUCACAAUUUUGUAGCUGGUGUCUGCCCAACCAGAUGUUGGGUGAUUUUCCAUCCACCACAUGGAAUUCAACAAUCGAAUUUGAACACUGGAUCCGCAUGCAGAAGACUCCAUCUGUACAUCAAGGCCCUCAGGAGCUAAGCUUUCUCAUGCAGUCCAUCUUUCUGAAGUACUCCCUCCGUCCCAAGGAGCAACGCCAACGCCGUUGCCUUGGCCUCACACAAGGAACACCGGCGGCACGCACGCCCCCACAUAUACUCCUCCCCAGCCCCCGUGCUUGCAUGUGCACAAGAAACCUCCUUUCUUCUCACCACAGCAGCAAGGAAACCCGCCCUUCCACGCCCACAAAGAUCAGAUCAAUGGGUCAGGCCGUCACCAAGGCGAAGCAAGAGGCCGGGCGGGCGACGCAGAAGAACGACAAGGACGGCAAGGCUGUGGCCAACCAUAAUAACGCCAAGGAGCAGCUCAUCAAAUUUAUGGACAACAACUACGACGAAAAGGUCAAGCCUGCCAAAACCUUCAAUGAGUUUUACCACGCCAUCUUCGAGCUCAUUGAGAAUUCUCCUUUGAUUCCUAAGCCUUUACGGAUUAAAAGUUCAUGCAUGCGCAUAAACAGAAAGUUUUGUGAGAAACAAGGGCAGCUGCAGUACAGGAUGCCAACCAAAGAUGAACUCGAGAAAGAGUACAAGGCUCUUGGGGGAAAGAGGGACGGAGUAAACAUCACAAAGGAGCAGUUCCACAGGAUCACCGAGAACCUCGUCACGGUGAACAGCUUCAGCUUCGGCAAGGCCGCCUUCGACGUGCUCGUGGUCCUCUUCGGCGCGCCGAUGUGCGCGCUCCUCGUCAAGAGGGUCGUCCCGGGCCUCAAGUCCUUCUCCGACGACGUCGUCAUCCCGGUGGCCACCUCCGGCGCCGUCGUGUACCUGGCCAAGACCAACAAGCUGUGACCCGGCGGAUUAUAUACAAGUGUCACUGCUACUGCUAGCUUACCACGAGAAGAAAAAUAAUGAUGCAACUGUGUGGUGGCUCGAUCGCGUCCAGAUUGCAAAAUCUGUAAAAAGUAUCUGUAAAGAUGAUUGAAACUUUAGUGAUUUUUCUCUGUU